GUGCCACUGCGCCACGCAACGCGUCGUCGCUUCGUUUCCCGGACCCCGAGCGAGCACCCAAACAUCGUGCCGUUCCGCCGGACCAAGUAAACAAAACGCAACCCAACCCAACCCAACCGCACCCGAACAAGUCAAUACGCGCCACCAAGUCCCAACCCAACAACAACGCAGCCGCCGGCAAGGCAGAGGCGGGCAGCAACAACUGCGGCACCAGCCAGAGCCCAGAGCACAGAAUAUCGAUUCCGCAAGUCAAUCCCGCCUCCCUCACCUCCGUCCGUCCUCCCCGCCCCUGGCCACAACAGGCGAUGGCUCCGUCCCGUCUCCUCCCCCUCCUCCUGCUCUUCCUCCUCGCCGCCGCCGCCGUCUGCCCCCUCGCAGCCGCGCAGCCGCGCAACGUCCAGACGCGCUUCCCCUCCACGCGCACCCCGGCAGUCGCCGCCCCGCCGCCGCCGAUCGUGCCCCCGUCGCCGUCCCCCACCGGCCCGGCCGUCCCGCCCCCGCAGUCCGCCUCAUCCUCGUCGUCCUCCUCCGCGAAGCGCAGUGACAUCGCCGUGGCCGUGGUGAGCACGGCGCUGAGCAGCUUCGCGCUCUGCGGCCUCGCCUUCUUCCUCUUCCUCCGCCACGGCAAGAAGAAGGAGCUGACGCGCGCCGGCGCCGGGGGCGGGCCCCAGGACGCCGCGCUCGCCGGCAAGCUGCCGGAGAGGGCGCCCAAGCGGCCGCCCCGCGGCGGCAUGGUGGACGAGAACGGGCUCGACGCGAUAUACUGGCGGGAGUUCGAGAAGGAGGGCGAGGGCGGCGGCGGCGGCAGGGGCAGGAAGCCCGCGGGGGGCUGGCGCCCGCCGCAGCCGCCGCCCCGGCAGAGCCGCGCCGAGAGGUGGCCGGAGGCGCAGGCGUCGCCGGCACCGUCCCCGCCGCGGCCGAGGAAGGGAAAGAUAGAUCAGGAGCCGCUCAUACCGAGGGGCUCCCUGGACUCCGCAUCCGCCGUGUUCGACGAGUCGCCCCGCCCGCCGAGCGCCAGCUCCAGCUCGUCCUUCUCCGUGGCCGCCCCCGAGGCAUACGCGCGGCCGCCGCCAGCAGCGAUCGCCGUCAGCUCUGUCCCCCGUCCGUCCCCGCCACCAGCCCCUGCCGCCCCACCAAGCGCAUCGGCAUCGGCAUCGCUGGCGCGGCCACCAGGAAGAGGAAGCCCGCCACCACCACCACCACCAAUGGCCACCACGUCGCCACCCCCGCCGCCACCGCCCAAAGGCCCACCACCGCCACCAGCACCCAAAGGCCCACCGCCACCACCAGCACCCAGAGGCCCACCUCCGCCACCGCCGCCCGGAGGAAAGAAGGGAGGGCCGCCGCCGCCGCCACCGCCGGGAGGCAAGAAGGGAGGGCCGCCCCCGCCGCCCGCCUGGGCGUCGUCCUCGAGGCCACCGGCGGCCCCAGGCGGGCCGUCCGGCGCAGAGGACCCGCGGACGAAGCUGAAGCCGCUGCAUUGGGACAAGGUCAACGUGGCGGCCACCGACCAUUCCAUGGUGUGGGACAAGCUCACCGGCGGCUCAUUCAACUUGGACGAAGGCACCAUUGAGGCCCUGUUCGGCACUGCGGCGGUGAACCGCAAGACCAAAUCCGCGGACGCCAAGGACUCCUCGAGCGGCCUCGGGCGCUCCAACUCGGAGGAGCAGAUAUUCCUGAUUGAGCCACGCAAGUCGCACAACAUCUCCAUCAUCCUCCGGUCCCUCACCGUGGGGCGGGACGAGAUCAUCGACGCGCUGCGCGAUGGGAACACCGAGCUCGGCACGGACGUCCUCGAGAAGCUGUCCCGGCUCAGCAUCUCCAAGGAGGAAGAGUCCACCAUCCUCAAGUUCUCUGGAAACCCCGACAGGCUUGCCCCUGCGGAGGCCUUCCUUCUCCGGCUCCUGCUUGAUGUGCCCAACCCGUUUGCCCGUGUUGAUGCGCUGCUGUUCAAGGUAAACUACGCUUCUGAGAUUGCUGUGCUCAAGCAAUCGCUCCAGACUUUGGAGAUGGCGAGCCAGGAGCUGAGGACGAAGGGGCUGUUCUUUAAACUGCUCGAGGCAGUGCUCAAGGCGGGGAACCGGAUGAAUGCCGGCACGGCGAGGGGGAACGCACAGGCCUUCAACCUCACAGCACUGCGCAAGCUCAAUGACGUGAAGAGCACUGAUGGUGGCACCACGCUGCUCCACUUUGUCAUUGAGGAGGUUGUGCGCGCGGAGGGGAAACGCCUUGCUGUCAACCGCAACUACAGCGUUCGCCGCUCUGGUAGCCUCACAAAGAGCAGCAUCGAUGGUGGGAUCUCAGCAGCUGCCUCCGUAAGCCAGGGGCCAUCGCGAGAGGAGAGGCAGAAUGAAUACUUGAACCUUGGAUUGCCCAUUGUUGGAGGUCUCAGCAGUGAGUUUACCAAUGUGAAGAAGGCCGCGACCGUGGACUACGAUGUGACUGCCAAUGAAUGCGCAAUUCUUGGCAACCGACUCGUGGGCAUCAAGAGGCUCCUGGAGACCUGCGGGGACGACGGAUUCUCAAGAGGGUUGAGAGGGUUUGUCAGUGCUGCGGAACAAGAGCUGAAGAAACUGAGUGGAGUGCAGGAGAAGGUGCUUGAUCUGGUUCAGCGGACGACGGAGUACUACCAUGCAGGUGCUACCAAGGACAGGAACGCUCAUCCCCUCCAGUUGUUCGUCAUAGUGAGGGAUUUCCUGGGGAUGGUGGACCAGGCAUGUGUGGACAUCAAGAGAAGACUACAGCAAAAGAAACCACCACCCUCAUCAUCACAGCAAACAACGGCUGUCGCAGCAGCCGCUAAGGGGCCAGCUGAUGGUGCCAAGGUGCCAGCUGAAGCCGCUAAGGCUGUAGCUAGUGGUGCAGCAGCCACACCACCGGCUCAGAAACCGCCACCAGAAGAAGCAGAUAGCAAAAGGAAGAGGGUCAUGCCAAGAUUCCCAAACUUGCCAGCGCAUUUUAUGAAGGACGGCGCGGACUCUGAUUCAAGUAGUGAUGAGGAAUAGAAUGUAUGGGGAGGUGUAAAUGGAGAUUGUUUGCAUUGGUUUGAAUUGGUUGUUUUUGGAGGUGUAGGCUAGCUGCAGACUGUACAUAAUGAAAUGUUUGAGUUGGUUCUUUUGUCCAGUUCUUUAUAUAAGAUCCAUGUCGACAACAGUAGAUACAAUUAUAUAUAUCCAGACAUUGAAUUUGA